UGUAAAUGUCAGAGUUGUCAUUAUUUUCUUUUGUGCGUGAAGUCUGAAUUAAAUUUUCCCUGCAUUUUCUUGUUAUUUAUUUGUAAUUAUGUGAGAAAAGUAGUAACUUAGAUUAGCUUUAGUUGUGUAUUAUUAUAUGGAUAUGUGAUAAUAGUUAAGCGUAGUCAUGUUUGGGUAUAGCAAAGAAGCUGUUAGAGUGAAAGUGAAGAAGUGUGAAGGCAAGCUACAGCCGGAACUGAGGAAGUUUUCCGUUGACCCGCAGAUAACCUCGCUGGAGGUUUUACAAAGCAUUUUAGUGAAAGCAUUUGAUAUUAAGUCUGACUUCACUCUGUCAUACCGGACUGCUGAUGACUAUGGUCAGGAGAUCUUCUUGCCACUGCUCUCUGACUGGGAUUUGGAUGCUGCUUUUCUCAAGGCGCAUAACAUAGCACAAACUCAGCGCUCGGAGCCAUGCGUCCAGCUCCGUGUAGACAUGAAGCCGUUUGCGGAGGCCUCCGAGGACUGGGAGCCGCCGGGGCUGAGCCCGGCGCCGCGCGAGCCGCCGCCCACCGUGGCGCCCGCGCCGCACCAGCCCGAGAAGCAGGAGGUGCCCACCGGCUUUCAGGGGCUCUUUAUGAAUCAGGUCGAGAAGACGUUCAACAUGGUGUCGCGCGCGCUCAACCUGUACGAGGACCCGAACACGGCGCCGCGCGCGCCGCUCUCCGACAGCGAGUUCCGGACCUUCCUCGACGCAGUCGGGCAGAUCACCAACACUACCAAGCUGAGAGAAGUCAUUUAUUGCGGCGGGAUAGACCCUAGUUUAAGGAAAGUAGUUUGGAAACACAUACUGAACGUGUAUCCGGACGGGAUGACGGGCAAGGAACGAAUGGACUACAUAAAGAGGAAAGCUAACGAAUACUACACUCUAAGAGCGCGGUGGAAAGACUGCAUACAGAAAGGAAUAGUGAACGCCGACUUGGCGUACGUGACGAGUAUGGUCCGCAAAGACGUGUUGCGCACAGACAGACAUCACAACUUCUACGCCGGCAGCGACGAUAAUCAAAACAUAGCUUCACUCUUCAAUAUUUUAACCACGUACGCGCUGCAGCACCCCCGGGUAUCAUACUGCCAGGGCAUGUCGGACCUGGCCUCGCCCCUGCUCGUGACCAUGGGCGACGAGGCGCACGCCUACAUCUGCCUGUGCGCGCUCAUGGCGCGCCUCCACUGCAACUUCUUACUCGACGGGGAGACCAUGACGCUCAAGUUCGCGCACCUCACCGAGGCGCUGCAGGUGUACGACCCCGACUUCUACGCGUACCUCAAGUCCCAGCAGGCCGACGACCUGCUGUUCUGCUACCGCUGGCUUUUGCUGGAGAUGAAACGCGAGUUCGCCUUCGACGACGCGCUUCGAAUGCUCGAGGUGCUUUGGGCGUCGCUGCCGCAGCGGGCGCCUGCGGGCGAGCUGUCGCUGGCCGAGCGCGAGUUGGACGCGAGCGCGGGGCCCUCGCCGCCGCCGCUCAGCCCGCUCGUGAAGGCGCCGCGCGACAACGCCUACACCAAGCUGUGCGCCAUCCGCCGCCAGAGCUCCAGCUUCAGCCUCGCCAACGCCAAGGCGCCCAAGCUGGCCACCCCGCGCCCGCACAACCACAGCCUCGACGAGAGCGCGACGCUACAGGACUCCUCGCUCAAACGCGCCAAGGACUUCCAGAGCCUCGACGACGCCGCUCUACAGACCGUCAAGGCCGAACUCGAUGACGAGGCCGAUACGAGUGAAGACUCUAAGGAAUCGAAGAUUAUGCUAAAUAUGACGAGUGUACCCAAAACUCAAAAGCGAGUUCCGACCCGCGCCAGCAACGGCAGCGUCGUCAACGGAACGGCGCAUCCGGAAGGAAAGGACACGACGUUGGGAGGACAAAUAAGAUUGCUGCGAGACAAAAUAUCCGUGCACAAUAACAAGUUCGACGGCUCCAAUGACGUAGAUCCCAACAGCAGGCCGAACGUGAAGAUGAUCAAAAACCUAAACGAAUUCCUCAAUUUCGCGACGAGCGGCAAACUCGAUCCGAUUAAAAGGGAAAAAUUGCAACGAGCACACUCGGUCAUAGAGACCACCAAGGAGUACCCCGAAAUCGCUUUGAACAAAAUGUCUAUGGACGAGAGCGACCUCAGUAAACCCAACGUCAAGGAGGCCCUUCUGAACAAAAUCAACAGGAGCAUCUACAACGACGGCAGUAGCCCCGACGACUCGCAGGAGUACUACCCGAUGACCACCUCCAUGACGCGGGAGCUGAGGCUCGAGCUGGAGCAUUUAGACCGGCAGGUGUUCGGGCCCUCGUACGUCCGGUGCAGCAUGAUCGACUCGCCCUCCGACUCCACAGAGGAGAAACCGGAGGAACAGAGCAAGCGGGAGGCGAAGGAUACGCUAGAGCUUCACGCGGAAGCCUCGAAGCGAUCCCCCAUGGACACGAUAAAGUCGAACGCCCGGAGCGCGGAAGACAUAUACGUGUGGGAGAACCCGCUCCACGCGCUCCCGGCGCGAGCGGCGUCCUGCCCGCACACGCCCGACGAGCACCCCGAGCUGGAGCUGGACGACACGGCCGACAUCUUCGAGGAGGGCGGCCGUAAGUCCGUCACGCCCAUCCGCCGCCACCGGCCGCCGCCCCAGCCCGAGCCCAAGGACGAAAGCGUCUCCAAAUCACAUAAAUUCUUCUCGAACAUGUCUCAGGAGUUGGAAAAUGCGAAGCGAAACUGCGAGUCGCUGUUGCCGAAGCCGACCAAUCUGCACAGCGUCGCGUCGACCAUAAACAACUUCCAGAAGAAGUAUGAGGUUUUAAAACCGCCGCUGCAGAAGAGUUUUGCCGCGGGCGUCAAGAGUAUAAGCGGGCUGCCGCCGCCGGGCGUGUUCGGCGGCGGGAACCCCUUCCUCAUGUUCCUGUGCCUGACGGUGCUGCUUCAGCACCGCGACUACGUCAUGCGCAACCGCAUGGACUACAACGAACUCGCGAUGCACUUCGACAAGAUGGUGCGCAAGCACAACGUGAACCGCGUGCUCAACCAGGCGCGCCACAUGUACGCCGUCUAUCUCAAACACCAGAACAAAGGUGACUGACCUGCCCCUUGCUCAUAGUGCAUUUUCGUCAUGUGUAUUUAUCGAAUCGUAAAACUAGUAGAGACUAUGAUAUUCUAUUACAUUCAAUAAUUGAACCGUGGUGGCUAAGUUGAUAGGUAUGGACGUGC